UCAUCAUGCGACAAAAUAUUGUGUUCCUCUCGUAAUGAGAGCUUUCAGUUCGUCGACUCGAAGAUCUUGUCUUUUAUGGCUCCAGCAAUCUCGUUCUCUUCGCAGUGAGGCUGUCCAGCGAUCAAUUGGACAUCUCAUUCGAACACAUCCCCACAAUGGAUUCUACAGUACCUCAAGAGGGCCAUUAGGCCUCACACACAUACGUUUUUCUCAUUUUCAACAUUGGCAGCAAGAUGAACCUACCAUAUAUGCACUUUCUACCGCAUCAGGCAGAGCUGCGAUUGCGGUUAUUCGAAUAUCUGGACCAGCAGUUUCACACGUCUACCGAGAACUAUGUCCGGGAACGAAAUUCCCAUCGCCUCGUAAUGCAGCAUUGCGCAAACUAUACGAACCAAACGUACCCAAUUCUCCCUCGACCGUACUUGAUUCCGGAGCCCUAGUCCUCUAUUUCCCCGCGCCCCGAACGGUGACAGGAGAGGAUAUCCUAGAACUUCAUGUUCACGGCGGGCCUGCGGUGGUUCGUGCUGUUCUUGCAGCCGUAUCCAAAUGCUCACGCCGAGAAAGUCCCAUUCGAUACGCAGAGCCCGGAGAAUUCACUCGCCGCGCUUUCGCCAAUGAUCGAAUGACGCUUCCCCAGAUUGAAUCUCUGGGCGAAACUCUAUCAGCAUCUACCGAGCAGCAGCGGAAGCUCUCAGUUCGAGGAACAACUUCGUCACUAGCGGCGCGAUACGAACAAUGGAGGGUACAAUUGCUUCAAGCUCGAGGCGAGCUCGAGGCGCUGAUCGACUUCUCGGAAGACCAACAUUUCGAUGAGUCUCCUGCAGAGCUCUGUGCAUCAGUCGCAGAGCAUACCCGUGGUCUCAUUGCUAGAAUUCAAGCACAUGUCACAAAUGCUGUACGAGGCGAACUUUUGCGGAACGGCAUAAGCGUUGCCUUGUUAGGAGCGCCUAAUGCAGGGAAAAGCAGCCUCUUGAACCGCAUUGUCGGGCGCGAGGCUGCUAUCGUCUCUCAGGAAGCCGGCACUACAAGAGAUGUCGUUGAAGUCGGUGUUGAUCUCGGAGGUUGGCUAGUCAAGAUCGGGGACAUGGCUGGCCUGAGAAGAGCUGGGCUUGUGGAUUCCGACGUGGUUGGUGCUGUUGAGCAGGAAGGCAUCAAGCGCGCUAAACAGCGAGCGCUUGAGUCAGAUGUGUUGAUCGUCGUUCAGGACGCCACAGCCGAAAUGGAUCCCGAAGUGAUGGAAACGACUAGGCAGUGUGUCGAUCUGGGAAUCAACGUCCUCUUCGCAAUUAACAAGAUGGACCAGCUUCCUGCGCACAUGGACCUCACAGGCUGGAAGGAAAGAAUUCAUGCCGAAUUUGGCAUCCCUUUCGACCGGGCGUUCUUCAUUUCGUGCAGUGUCGCUUCGGCCCCCAAAGCCGCCAACUCCAGGGGCGAAGACCCCGGAAACAUUCAGAACUUCCUCGACGGCCUUCUCCAGGUAUUCCGGAAUAUGACAGCAGCCCUGGUUCCCGAUUCCGAUCCUGACCCUUUGAUCUGGCAGGAGUCCCUGGGGGCGACCGAACGUCAGCGCCUACUGCUUACCGAAUGCCUAACACACCUCGAAGCAUUCCUAAUUGCCGUGAAAGCGGAACCCAGACAUGAUCCACGAUUUUAUGAAUCUCCCGUGCUAUCGAAAGUUGAAUCCUACUCGGAACCGACAGAAGAUGUGGACAUAGUGGUAGCCGCUGAAUCGCUUCGCCUCGCCGCAGACGCCCUGGCACGCAUCACGGGUAAAGGCGAAAGCGGCGACGUGGAAGAAGUCCUGGGCGUAGUAUUCGAAAAGUUCUGUGUUGGCAAAUAAGCGCCCCGAACGGCGUUGACUAGAGAUGGAUCAUUGGGACUAAAUGACGACAGCAAUUGCGGAGACGAAAAUCUCGCGUAUCGGUACUCGAUCCAUAGAUUCAUAGAGAGAGAGAGAGAGAGAAAGUAAAGUGCAACGGGACCACGAGAAAGCACGACUAUUCUCCACUACCUCAGACUCAAAACAGCAGCCCAUAUUUGAACCCAGAGCAAGCACCCACCAUCUUCAAUUAGAAAGACA